AAAGAGAUGUCAGGCAGGCAGAGCUUUUACCGUUGGACGUUCUCCUCUUUGUCGUCCGUUGCUUUCCGGCUGCUAUGGUCUUAUUGGUGACCGUCUUGGCGGUCGUGCUGACCUCCAUCAGGGCUGAAGUCAUACCCCCAGCUGACUUCAACGUCCAAGGGAUGGCAGGUAAGUGGUACCUGAUCGGUUUCGCCACUAACGGCCAGUGGUUCGUCCAACACCGCGCCAGCAUGAAAAUGGGCACGGCCAUGCUCAACCCAACUGCAGACGGUGACCUGGAUAUUUCAUAUGCCAGUCUAAAACCUGAUGGAACAUGUUGGAGAAUGAACAACCUAGCCAAGAAGACCGACAUGCCUGGAAAGUUCACAUACACGAGUUGGGGCAAUGAGAAUGACAUGCGCGUGGUGGAUAUCAAGUAUGACCAGUACGCCCUGACUCAAACUGUUAAAGCAGCUGGAGAUCAUCCCACCGUUGUAAACAAGCUGUAUGGCCGCGGAGUGAACCUAAGCCAAGAUCUGCAAGACAGGUUCAGGCAGUUCUCCCUAGAAAGUGGAAUCCUAGCUGAAAACAUUGCAAUCCUCCCCCAAAAUGGUGAGUGCACUGCUGCCUAGCUUCCUGCCAGCCACAUCUUAACCCAUCAAGACAUUUUAUGCUAAUAAAAGUCAAAGAGCUAAAAUA